AUGAGAACCCUAACCCUAACACAAGAACCCAACCGCUACCUUCCUUACGUAGCCGCCACUCCCAUCGGCUCUUCCUGUUCCGAUCAACCAAAGACCAUCGAGACCAUUGCUUCCGAUGACGCUGUGAGUGGCUUGGAGGGCCACCGAGACCGAAGAUGUUUCCCCGAAGAGUGCCGACGAACCCGACGCACGCUAAAGAAUCGAUCAACUGCCUCCACCGUUCUCAUUCUUCUUCUCCUUCUUCAACCGCCGCAUGGACCGACUGUUGCCGCCGUCGGUGGAACCGCAACAUUAGUCGAUGACAAGGCUACGAGCCGCCAACUACCAUUGUUACCUUGCUGCUGCUACCGCCAGAGAGCUGGAGCGUGGUUUCCGCUUUUGUUCGAUCAUUAG